AUGCUCUUAUUGGUGUUGCUUCUGUUGCUGGUGCUGGUGCUGACAGUAACGAGAGAAGAAGGGACGCUUGGAGUCUUUCUGCAGUAUCUGCUACUAUCACUACUCUCUCUGGUACCUGCUACUAUCUCUACAGUCUCUGGUAUCUGCUACUAUCGCUACUCUCUCUACUACUUUAUCUAUAAUAUUUGCUACUACGCUACUCUCUCUAAUAUCCGCUACCAUCGCUACUUUCUUCUAGAGUCUACCAUUGUCACGACUAACCCUUCUGCAGUCUCUGCCAUCGUCACGAGGUAUCUUCGGUAUCAAGCAUCAAGAACCUUCUAG